AUGAAGUCAUCAUCUUCAUUCUCCAGAGGGCAACUUCAGCAUUAUAUCAAAAAGGAGAGAUUUUUCAAGUUGGGAAGGCCAGCUCCAUUGUUAGUAUGUUUAACCACACUUUUCAGUUUCUACAUCGUCUACAUUCUCAGAACCAUCAAUCCCACUAUCAACCAGGUGUAUGAUCAGAGCAAAUCCCCGAUUCAGCCCCAAGAUGACAGCAGAAGGGAAAACUGUGACUUGUUUAAGGGCCAUUGGGUUCCAGACAUGAGGGGUUCACUCUAUACAAAUUUCAGCUGUCCAACCAUCCCCUACUUAAGGAACUGUUUCAAGUAUGGGAGGGAGGACACAGAUUUCUUGCACUGGAGAUGGAAACCAGAUGGAUGUGAACUUCCCCGUUUCGAUGCCAAGGCCUUUCUAAAAAUUGUUCAAGGGAAAACAAUGGCUUUUAUUGGUGACUCCCUUGCUCGGAACCAAAUUGAGUCACUUCUAUGUCUCUUGUCUCAGGUCAGUUAG